GUGCUAGACACAAUAUUCAUUUCUCUCCACUAUUCACAGAAGCACUAGAAUAUCAUGCAUCUCUCAAGUAUAUGAGGGCUAUUCUACACCACCCAUUGUGUCCACUGCUGCUUUACAUGCUGCUAAAAUGGCUUAGGCCAUUCUUUCCCUCUCCCACACCUGGCCCUAGAGUUGUCAAGUUUUGUGCACCAACAUGUGUAAUAUUUUUCACUAGGGAGAGUGAGUCCCUGAUCUUUCAGUCAGGGUGCCCCGAGCAGUGAGCCAGGUUUGGGGGAGGCAGGAGCCUAUCCCUCACACCCCAAGCAGAUGGGGAAGGAGCUAGUUGGGUGGGAUGUAUGGUGAGCCCUGGGAGCUAGUAGGAAGCAGAGUAUUGGAUGAAGUAAGGGCACCUAGGAUCGGUGUAUGGUAAGCCCCUCGAGCACAGUCCUUGCUAGCAGAGAGCCACUCCUCCUUACAAGAUAUAUCUACCCCUUCUCUGUUUGGCUCAUGGCCAGUCCCACUCCCCAGCAGUACAUGAUUGAGGUUUUGUUUAUGGUGAACCUUCACACAGGGCAUAUUAAGUACCGUUCUGUUGCCCAUUAGUCCCAUAAUAAGGAUAAUAACAGUAUUAUUUUAUUUAUAGCAUUAUCAUUACUCCUACCUCCUAAACUUAAAUGAAUUUUAACCAAAAUGUUCACCAGGCAUAGUGGAUGUCAGCCAUGCAAAUAAAGGCUGGCUCAUUGUGUCUUUUCCUGCAUUUCACCAGUGAUGGCAACAAAGAGCUCCUUCCCCUAUGAUCUUCAAACCCAAAAGUUUCCAGCUCCCUGUAUUGACACAGCCCCAGACUUGGCUUUUAUGUCUGGGGAGGGGAAAUGACCCACUUCACCUUAAGUGAAAAGAAUCCUGGGAAAUAUAGUUCAGUAACUGGGUGCACACAAUUGUUUGUCUAUAAUUGGCUGAACUGCAGAUUGUAAUUGUGUGGGGGUUUGCUUGUAUUAGAACUGCAUGACAAGAUGCUGGGUUCUGUCUGCAUCUUCCCAUAACAAUGGGGGUAGCUUUGGCGCAGAGACGGACUUGUUUGUUCUAGCCUCUUAGGUGAAGGGAUAUGUGUAAACUCCUCCCCGCUGCCUCUAAAGGGCUGUGUUAGCAGCCAGAGGGAACCUCCUUGAUUGCAAUUCAUGGCCUGUCUCUAAUAAACAAUCUGAAAGGUAACAUUAUACUCAGUUACCACGGUAAUGGUAAUUGAGUAUAACUGAGUAAUGGAUUAUUGAAAAGCCAGCUGGUUGGGUGAUUUAGGCCCCUGGGAGAUCAUCAGCUCCAGACUUUGGCAACGUUGAUUGCUAGGUGUUUGUAUUUUUCUAAUCUUUUCAGGCACGUCUACACGGCUUUUUGGAUCUAGCAGGAGCGAGCCUCCAGCUCAGGUCGGCAGACUAGAGGGGCUCUCGCCAAUAGCUGCGGAGACAGUGUGUUGAAGGUGCAGCUCAGGCUCUGAAACCCACCCCUUCCCUAGGCUUCAGAGCAUGAACUUUCCAGCCCGAGACGCAACUGCAGAGCACUGUCUAUACAGCUAUUCUUAGACCUCUGGUGAGAGCCCCGCUAGCUCACGUCUAUGGACCCAGGCUGCCUCCAAAAUGCUGUGUACAUUUACCCCUCUACUUUCAAUGCUAAGUUAGAAACACACUUUUUUUUUUAUUUAUUAACCAUACAUGUGCAAUGUUACAGUUACAGGAAGGAUGGUCUGGUGCUUCAGCCCCCUUGACUUGGAGUCGGGAGAGCUGGGUUCAAUGCCCAGCUAUGCUGCAGAUUUUAUGUAUGAUCUUGGGCAAGUUAUUUAACACUGCUCUGUGCCUCAGUUUCCCCUCUGUAAAAUGAGGAUUAUAGCACUUCCCUGCUUCCCAGGUGAGUGGUGAAGCUAAAUUCAUGAAUGGCAGUGAAGCCAUUUCAGCUGCCUGGAUGAAAGUCACUGUGGAGGUGCAAACAAUUACUUAUUAUCCUAGAUAUGAUUUGUAAAAACAACACUUGCAUCCCUCUAGCAACUUUCACCUUAAGAUUUUAAAGCGCUUUACAGACACCAACUAAGUUAGCCUGAUGACCCAUGCUGACAAAGUACAUCAGUGAUGUUUUCCUCAUUUAACAGAUAGAGAAGCAGAGGCAGAGGGAGGUGACAUGACCCCACCAAGCACUUUAGGGUCUGAACUAAGGAUAGAAUGCAGUUCUCCUACCUGCAUUAAUAACCAGGCAGUCCUUCCUGCUGCUGUAUUAAUAUAGCUAUCAGGUGACUUUUGUGACCAAUUGUAUAACAGAAAUAACAGUGAAUUGUCUAAAGAGAGAGACAAGGUGGGUAAGGUGAUACCUUUUAUUGGACCAUAUUCUGUUGGUGAGAGAGACCAGCUUUCGAGCUUACAUAAGCCUCUUCUUCUGGGGACUGUUAUAAGUUAGAUUGUUAUGCAUAAGGGGUUUGAAAAGGGCAGUUAAGGGUAGCAGGCAGGGCUGUACUACAAAUUGUUUAAUGAGACAUAACACCAGUGUGUGAGUUCAUUUGAGAGUGUGGUGAUUGUCUGAUUUCACCCAUAUAAUUGUUACCGGGGCAUUUGAUGCACUGGUUGAGGUAUACCAUGGGAUGCUGGUAAACCAGGUGCCCACUCUUGCCAAGUCUUUAGGCACCAGCUGAGCACUGACACAUUCAUAGCUGGAAACCAGACCAGCUCACCUGAUGUUCGUAUCGUUCAGGAUAGGUGAUGGAAUUUGUACGGAUGUGUUUAGUGUUUAGACUAUGAAUUGCUUGUAAAUUGCUGCAUGCUUUAAUCUCACUUGUAAUGUCAGUAUUCUAUGCUACAUGGUAAAAUAUAUGUUUGUUUUAUAGUUAUAAAAAUGCCUGCUCUGAACUUGUGAACUCAGACGGGAAGCCCCUGUCCUUCCAUCAGGGCUAUCAAAAUUAAGUGGGUCAUUGUAGGAUAAAAGUUUUGUCAAUUGCCCCAGCUACCCAUGGAGAAGUAGGUGCAGAAGGCCUCGUCCCAUCAGUUUGAAUGCUGGACGAAGGAAAUAAAGAUAUUUGACAUGAAGAUUUUUCAUCUCCGCUGUUUAGACUCUUACAAGGGCUGGAGCUAAGAAACAAAAAGCAAAAAUCUCUAGGGUUGACCUAGAUUACCUUUUGGCUGUGCAAAUAAAAACCUGAGCGUCAAGAAGAUCAGAGCAAAGAUACCUCCCUGGGUGCAGGCAGGACAAUAGGAUGGGUUUCAGAGUAGGAGCCUUGUUAGUCUGUAUUUGCAAAAAGAAAAGGAGUACUUGUGGCACCUUAGAGACUAACCAAUUUAUUUGAGCAUAAGCUUUCGUGAGCUACAGCUCAUCCGAUGAAGUGUGCUGUCGCUCACAAAAGCUUAUGCUCAAAUAAAUUGAUUAGUCUCUAAGGUGCCACAAGUACUCCUUUUCUUUUUGACAAUAGGAUGGUACGUCAUAAUGGCUCCACUUGAGGGAAGCCUUCCCAAUAUGUAGGUGACCAGAUGUCCCUAUUUUAUAGGGACAGUCCCGAUUUUGGGGCCUUUUUCUUAUAUAGGCACCUAUUGCCCCCUAGCCCUUGUCCCAAUUUUUCACACUUGCCCUCUGGUCACCCCACCAACAUGCAACUUCUUCCUUGGAAGCUGAGCUGCCCAAGGCAUCGCUCAGCCACUUCUGCUUAGCCUUCAUAGUGUGAUUCCCAGCACAGAAAUUACCCUGGACACCUGCUUGCUUUCUCUUCAGAGACGGAGGCCUUGUCUACUCUAGCAAGGUGUACACACUGCCACACCACUGGCCCAGAAACUGCACCGUUACAGCGCUCUAAAAAAACCACCCCUAUAAGAGGUAUAGGGCUUUCUGCGCCGAGGCUACAGCGCUGCGGUGCCAGUGUAGACACCCUGGUCGAUGACAGCGCUGCAAUUGGCCUCCAGAAGGUGUCCCACAAUGCCUGUUCUCGCCUCUCUGGUCAUCAGUUUGAACUCUACUGCCCUGCCUUCAGGUGACCAACCGUGAGCCCCACCCCUUAAAUUCUUGGGAAUUUUGAAAGUCCCCUUCCUGUUUGCUCGGUGACGCGUGCAGAGGUCUCAGCGCAUCUUUCCAGGUGGCCAGGCCUGCUCCACGCACCAGGCGAUCCCCCGUUGGAGCAAUGCCGAGCUGCUGGACCUCAUCGGCAUUUGGGGAGAGGAGGCUGUGCCGUCCCAGCUGCGCUCCAGCCGUAGGAAUUAUGAUACCUACGGACAGAUUUCACAGAGCAUGACAGAAAGGGGCCAUGACCGGGACACACUGCAGUGCAGGGUCAAAGUGAAGGAGCUGUGGAGCGCCUACCACAAGGCGCGGGAGGCAAACCGCCGCUCCGGUGCUACGCCCACGAGCUGUCGGUUCUACAAAGAGCUGGACACAAUACUCGGUGGCGACCCCACCUCCACUGCGAAGGCCACUGUGGAUACUUCAGUGGUUCGCUUGCCAGUCGAGAGCGGACCGAGCCAGGAGGAGGAAAUCUUGGACGAGGCUGUGGAGGGGGAGGGGGACCCAGAGGCAGAGGACGACUCGGAGGUCAGAGAUGCAUGCAGCCAGGAGCUCUUCUCUACCCAGGAGGAGGCUAGCCAGGCACAGCUGUCGGAGCUUGGCGAAGCGCAAACAGGAGAGGAGACCCCUGAGAUGACCUUGGGAGCCCAGCCUCCCUCUUUGUUAUCGGCAGCUGAACGGCUGCACAGAAUUAGAAAGUGGCCACGAAGAACUAAAGAGGACUUUCUGCGUGAUGUCGUGAUGCACUUUGCCGCCAAAAAACAAGAAUUGGAGGAGUGGCGGGACAGCGAGAAGAGGGACCGAAAGGAGAACGCGGUGCGCCAGAGUGAAGCCAUGGAGUCGCUCUUAAACGUUACGGAGCGCCAAGCGGACACGCUCCAGGAGCUACUAGCACUGCAAACCGAGCAGCUCCGCGCCCGCCCUCCCCUGCAGCCGCUGUCGCAAAACUCUUUCCCAUGCGCCCCCCUCCCCCCCACACACACACACAGCGCCAACUCUCUCUAGUCUGUACCUGCAGCAUUCCACUCCUGCCCCAACACAAUCCAGCCCUGCGGACUCCCAGUACCCAUUGCACUCAACACCCGACCCUCUGCAGUUUAGCCCUGCUGAAGUACUGUACCCGCUGCAUUGUACUCCAAAGGACAAGGUUGCAUAUGAUUCCUGGACAUACACAAAUCUUUAACGGUCCCGGGACCCCACCUCCUCCUAGGACCGUCCCUUCCCCCAUCCCCUGCAGUGCUGAUGUGAUUUUUUGUUUGUCUGUCUCCUCCUGUUGUUGGUUUUUAAUAAAAGAAUUGUUUUGGAUUG